CCACCUGAUUCAACGGAAUGUCCAUCACGCUCGCUUAGUGUUUCGGCCUAUAUAAGAUUUCGGCUACGAAACGAUCGACACGCAUUUGCUUUCGUACAUUGUCCAGGAGCAAUCGAGCCAGCAAACCAAUCCAUCGAUUCACUAUGUUCUCCAAGAUCGUAAUACUCGCUUGCGCUUUGGCAUUGUGCAAUGCCGGCAUCUUAGCACCAGUGCCCGCCGCUGGACAAUACACUUUGACCACCGCGGCUUUGACAUCCACGUCGGACAACAUACUUCGUAGCUCGGGAAAUUUGGCACAGAUUGCAACCCAAUCGAAAACAAUUUCCACACCGUUUUCGAGCUCUAGCAAAUCCGACAUUCGUGUAACAAACCCGGCAAUUUACGCUCACACCGCCCCGUUGGCUUACGCUGCCCACGCCGCCCCGUUGGCUUACGCUGCCCAAGCCGCUCCCUUGGCUUAUGCUACCCACGCAGCACCCCUGGCAGCCGCAGCCCCACUCGCCGCUCAACCAAACCAGCUCCUUGGUGUCGCAUAUUCUCCAGCAGUUGCUGUUUCGCACAUGGCAUACAGUAGCCCCAUCGGUGUCUCCUAUUCCUGGUAAUUCGACUAUCAUCUCGUCUUUUGAAUCGACACGAUGUGACAACCCUUUGACAAUGUAUUUCCACCACGAAAACCAACCUGUAUUUCUAUACCUGAUACAUUUUCUAUUUUUAUUUAUUAAAUACAACAAAUCUAACUGAAUC